ACACAUUUUCGUCAUAGAUAACUUUUUGUUUCUUCGUCGAAUAAUUUUUGUUUAGUGAAGAUUUUAUAAGUGAUUUUUUAUGGCUAGUACGUCGAAAAAAGUGAAAAAUAAUGAAGAAUUCCCCACUGACUGGGACGUUGAUUACUACCGUGCUGAUCAUGAAAGUGAAGAACAUUGGCAAAUGAGGCGACGCUUCAUGGAGCUACAUAAGGAUAAAUUUCCCGAGGACCGGCUUGUUUGCCUCGCUGCGGUAUUUACGAAUAUGGAAUUCAUGGGUUGCAGGUAUCCAUCUGAAACUAUGCGACUGGUUGCUGAAUUGUCGAAAGAAGUUGUGAAAGAUUACAGAAAAAGUCGGGAAUCACGUCUUAAGCGUACAUUUGUGGGGGCUUCAGAAGCGGCCGAGGCACGCGUCAAAGCUAGGAGUGGGCGCUCAGGGCAACAACAGCAAAAUAACAGUUCAACUAAUUAUAAUCAUAACAGAACUAGUAACGAUCUCUUUGGAGGCCUAACAUUCGGCAAAUUUGUUGUAUUCCUAAAUGGCGGACGCAAUUGUUUACGCAUGUCUGCGCAAAGGUGUAAUAUGGAAUAUGAAGAAAGGGAAAAUAGCGGACCAAAUGCGUCGAAAGAAAUUUCUGUAUUCGUGAAUGACACACUCGUAACCAAGGCUUGCGAUGAAAAUUUGAAAGCGACAAAGUUAAAGGCCUUCAGUAAUGCUCUAGAAAUUCUGCAGAAGAAAUGUUAUUCCAUAAAGCCAAAUGCAUUGCGCGAUACCAUUAAAAUUAAUAAAAGUAAUAAUCAAGUUGUUUGCGGAGUGGCUAAGCAGCAAGCUGAUAAUGCCGAAGAUAAAAAGUUGGAUGCUUCGAAUAAAGGUUAUAAAAUGAUGAAAUUAAUGGGAUGGACAGGCGGUGGGCUAGGGUCAAAAACGCAAGGCCGAGAAGAGCCCGUAGGAUACCUGCUAAAAAACAAUCGCGCCGGUCUUGGAAAUGAAUCAUGUAAAUUGGAUCGGAAUUACUUUAGGCAGAUAUUGAAAAAUUAUGUAGAAUCGGAUGAUAUACGCGAGCUACAAUUCGAACCAACAUUCACUAAAGAGGAACGCGCAAUGUUGCACGAGAUCGCAGGAAAAUUCAAUUUAAAGUCAACGAGUCAUGGAAAGGAUGAAGAACGCCGUUUGGUUAUAUCAAAGAAGACAAUUACUAACGAUCAAAUUCUCAAUGAAAUUUUAUUAAAAAAAAAUCCCAGCUAUAUUGACAAAUAUUUCGUGCAAGUUCCGGAGUCCAAAGCUCGUUUCUACCCUGAAAACGCUGAAAAACUGGAAUUAGACAUGUAAUGUAAAAUAUUUGCAGACAUUUAUAGUAUUUAUUAAAUAUGUUGUCCUGAAAAAACACUGCUACAAAUAUUUGUAUGUAAAUGAAAUAAAAAUUUUAUUCAAAGUA